AUGAGCGACCAUUCAGUCGAAACAAGUCCUGAGCAAGAAAGCGGACAAGCUCACACUAAUUGGUCUCAAAAUGAUGACAGUGGCGAAUGCUAUAUUUUGAACGAAAUGCUGCAUGAGAUUGAGGAGGAUGAGACGCGAGAGAGGGAUGAUCAUAUCACUAGUAGCGUUAGUGUAGAAUGCGGCGGUAGCGCUAUUCCUGAUGAUGAAUUGGAGGAAACUGGAAACGACGAUAGAACUUACAAAGUGCAAAGCCGUGGUGUGCUUGCAGAGUAUUUUCUUAACAUUCAAAACCGCAUUUCCCGUAAAGAUGGUGGCUAUCCGAGCGAGUACAGAAGAGGCACCUUUUAG